CCUUCAACGUGAGAUCCAAACUUCUUGUUUAGAGGCGAGCACCUCACCCCUCCAACAGCCAUGGCGGACGAUUCCGAUAUGCGCAACGAGUUGUCAGACAUGCAGAGCAGAGCCGAUCAGCUGGGCGAUGAGUCUUUGGAAAGCACUCGGCGCAUGCUGCAGCUGGUUGAAGAGAGUAAAGAUGCUGGAAUCAGAACUUUGGUUAUGCUGGAUGAACAGGGCGAACAACUGGAGCGCAUCGAAGAGGGAAUGGAUCAGAUCAAUAAGGACAUGAAAGAAGCAGAAAAGAAUUUGACGGAUCUAGGAAAUCUCUGUGGGCUUUGCCCAUGUCCAUGUAACAAGUUAAAAGGUAGCGGCCAAACCUGGGGUAAUAACCAGGAUGGGGUGGUUUCCAGUCAGCCGGCACGUGUGGUCGAUGAACGUGAGCAGAUGGCCAUCAGUGGAGGAUUUAUUCGCAGGGUAACGAAUGAUGCACGAGAGAAUGAAAUGGAUGAGAAUUUGGAACAGGUGGGAAGCAUUAUCGGUAACCUGCGCCACAUGGCUCUCGACAUGGGCAAUGAGAUUGACACCCAGAAUCGUCAAAUCGACAGGAUUAUGGACAUGGCUGAUUCCAACAAGACCAGGAUUGACGAAGCCAACCAGCGUGCCACAAAGAUGUUGGGCAGUGGCUAGAUGCUCACAAAAAGUGCUUUGGCAUCCUUUCCCCCUCCCUGCUUUUCCUGCGAAAGCACUUACCAGCCCUUAAAGCUCUAUCUAGAAAGUGUUGUCCCGUGUCUGUCUUAACUGAUAGUCUAAUAAAUGGUCACAUUUACUCUGUAUCUUUUUUCCCCAAAGGUUAAAUGUACAAAGUGCAUAUUUGAUGGCUAGAGCUCACAUGUGAAGUUUUAUUCUUUUGUUUAUGUUUGUGUAUAUUUAUACACAUUUUUGGAUGAAAUUUCUUAAAGGUUUUUAGUCAUCGAUGUGUCCAUGCUCUGUGUUUAUUCUACAUAAGCCAUGCUUCAUAUUGUGAUGUAGCAAACAGGAGAAGUAUUAGACGGUGAGGUGAAAGAGGUCACAUGACGGAUCGCUUAUCUUAGCCUGCCAUUUUGUGUCCAUCACCUUUAGACAGUAAUGUAUGUAAGUGAUAAUAUAUGUACUGUAUACGACGUAUCACUUUUACUUAUCAUUACCUGAGUCGUUCAUAAAGUGUAGACAUUACCAUACAGCAUGGGCAUGGUCAGUACAAGCAUUCGAUUCAAAGUAUCAGUUUUGCAACAUCACAAUAGUGCCACACUUUUUAAUUAUGUACAUCUGCAAAAUAUGUCAGUCUUGUAAAAUCUAUAAGAAAAAGGCAAUAAAAACUUAACAAACCUA